AUGAGUGAGGCGGAGGCACACUUGUUCGAGCUGUUGGACAAGGCCGUGAUGGAGUGGGGCACCGUCCCGGUGUCGUCCCUGCAGGAGGCGUGCGUGCAGGUGCAGAACUUGUCGUCACGCCUCACCGGUCAGCGGCGCUGCCAACUGUACGAGAGUCUGCUGUUCGACACGCCGCCAAGGAGUGUCGUGGACACGUUCCAGCAGUUCGCCGAGAAUGCAGGUGACAUCCACAAGACGGUGGCGGCGAGGCUCAAGGAAGUCUUCUGCGACGACGACUCGAUCAGUGACGCCGAGCUGCAGGGGUUCGCCUACCACUUUGAGGCUGAGACGGGGUGCUUCUUUGAUGAGGAGACAACGGCUGUGACGCUCGCGCUCGCAACAAUGUUGGUCGCCGCAGAGUUGCCGCCGGGUGUGACGAAGCUGCGCCGCCUCUACCAACUGCUGGACGCGCUGCGCAAGGACUUCAUGGUGCCGAGUGCCUCGCGCGCCUUUGACGGUUCCCUCGUGACGCUCUUCUGCCUGCUGCUGCAGUACCACGACCCACAGCUCUCGCUCCAUCUCGACCAGCACCAGGUGAACAUAGGCGUCUUCCUGCUGGACUGGGUGCGGCGGCUUUUCGUCGUGGACGGCCGCUACGGUGACGCUCUGGGGGUGUGGGACUGGAUGCUUAUCGUCGGCGACCCUACGCUGACGGUGUACCUCGCUCUAUCGUACCUCAUCGCCCACCGUAAGCGCUUCCUCGCGCUGCAGACAUGCGAAGAGCUGAAGAAGUCACUGAAGUCGCUUGUCUUUGUGCUGCCAGCGGGAAAGGAUGACGCUGUGGACCCCGCGCUACAUGACGGCCGGCCCGUCUCGUUUGUGUCGCUGAAAUCCGGCAAGUCGCUUGCGCAGAAUGCCGACAUCGCUUACCGCAACACGCCUCGCACAACGCAGAUCGUGAUUGACCGCCUGCUGUACCCGGAGAAGGGCGGCAUCAGCAGAAGCCCGGACUCGUUGGCUCAGUACUACGCAUCCCACCCAGCCCUCCCACUGGAGCGCCUCGACUUUGCCGAGGCGUUUGCCGUGAAGGCGGUGGAGCAGACCGACACUGCGUCGCUCAGCUACAUCGUCGUGGACUGCCGCGCGCGUGACAGCUUUCUGUACGCGCACCUGCCGACGGCGCUACACAUCGGUGACGACAUCGGUUUCGACAGCGAGAAGUUUGACAAGGUGGUUGAGAUGCUGCGCGACGUGUGUGGGGCUCAUCUUUGCAUCUUUGGCACCGGUCGGCGGAUCGUGGAGGAGUUAAACCUGCUCAAGAUGCUGGCGCUGCAUUUUGUGCAGUGUGGCUUCCCGUAUGUCAGCAUCGGCGGCUUCCGCACCAUUGUCCCGCUCAUCGAGGCGCAGUCGGUGACCAUCAGGCACUCCCGCGCCAAGGACCCAAAGUGGGGAGACGUGAGUGAAUCCGUGGCAACACUCAAAAACAAUCUGGCGGAGCUUCUGCCGCAUCUCGAGUUCGACAAGCAAGAGGCGCGACGCAAAGCGGAGGAACUCAGCAACAAGGCAAAGGUUGGUGUACUGGCCGCCAAGACGUGGGGAUUGAAUAUCAUGCAACGCGUGAGUGAGAGACUGGCACCCGGCAGCGCAGCCCCUCCACCCGCACCCCCUACAGCACACAAAGGCGGCAAUCUCGGUGCGACUACUACUCCCACCAGUAGUAGCCCUGGCCAUACUGAUACCGGUAGGGGUGGGAGCACCGCUGCUGGGGGUAGUGGUGAUGGUAAUGUUGAUAGUUCCAGUGGUGGUCGAAACGAUAGCAAUAAUACCAAGAGCGCAGACGGCGGCACAUUACAUCGCUCCGAGAACGCCGUACGUGCAACCCACACCUUCUCACUCGGCGUUGACGAGGAUGAGGAGGAUGACUUUGGUCUUAUCACGAGCGUGCCGGUAUACACUGGCACCGCCUCUGCUUGCCAUGAUGGAGAGUCGCUCGUGAAGGGGACCGUCGUGCCGGAACCGUUGCCUCCUCCUGUCACUACUACUACUACUACUACUAUUACUACUACUACGGGGACCACUGGUGUUGACGCGGUGCCUACUGGUACAGUGAAUACUACCACCUCACCAGCUAAAGACAUCAUGACAGAGAUCGAUGAGGAGUUCGACAAGCUUUUUGGCGACUCUGAGUCGCCAUCACCUACAGGCCCUUCCGCAGAAACAGGCGAGGCGAAAAACAGUGAUGAAACCGCUGCUCCUGCCGCCACCGCCGCCACCGCCGCCGACGAUGAUGACGACAAAAAGGAGAAGGCCUAA